UUUCAGCGGUUGAAUAAUCUAGCAUUCAACAUCCUUGGCAGUGAAGUGCACACCGGCAGGUCAACAGGCCUUAUAAAGCCCCGGCGGCCUCCUGCCCUGCCUCACACAUUCUUGGCGCUGCUAGGCGAUCCUCGGCGAGUUCCAGUAACAAAGUUCCUCGCGUAGCAUCAUGUCCACCAACGGCCACCACGACGCUGCUGUCAGCCCCCUGAAGGCGAAGGUGAAGAAGAUGAAUGGCAACGCUGCGCCACAAGACCUCUUCUCCAAUGGACACGCCAACGGAGUGUCCAACGGACACGCCAACGGAGUGUCCUACGGGCGCGACAACGGUACACCGGAGGCCGAGGCGGGGAAGCUGCUGCAACGCGUGCUGGCCCUGGUGCUGGAGGCGCGGCUGGUGACGGGCAUGGACGCCUCGGAGAAGGUGGUGCACUUCAAACACCCACAUGAGCUCAAGAAGGAGCUGGACCUGACGGUGGCGGCGGCGGGAUGCUCACUGGAGGAGGCGGAAAAGGCGCUGCAGACGGUGGUGCACUACAGCGUCAAGACCCAACACCCGCACUUCUACAACCAGCUGUACGGCGGCAUCGACGAGGUGGCUCUCACGGGCGCCUGGCUCACCGAGGCCCUAAACACCAACCAGUACACGUUCGAGGUGGCGCCCGUGUUCAUGAUUGUGGAGCACCGCGUCAUCGAACUGCUCCUGGGGCUCUAUGGCUGGGCUGAGGGGGACGGCAUCUUCGCUCCAGGAGGCAGCGUCAGCAACAUGUACGGGAUGAUCCUCGCUCGCUACCGCCGCCACCCGGAGGUCAAGAGGACUGGAGUGUUCGGCCAGAAGCCACUCGUCGUGUUUACCUCUGACCAGGGCCAUUACUCCAUUAGCAAGAGCGCCUCGUGGUUGGGCCUGGGCAUGGACAACGCCGUGGCCGUGGCAACAGACGCGCAAGGAAGGAUGCUGCCGGCGGCCCUGCAGGAGGCGGUGGCGAAGGCGCGGCAGGAGGGCAAGGAACCCUUCAUGGUGAACGCCACGGCGGGCACCACGGUUCUAGGCGCCUUUGACCCGCUGGAAGCAUUGGCGGACGUGUGUGAGAAGGAGGGGCUGUGGCUGCACGUGGAUGCGUGCUGGGGCGGCGCCGUUGUCCUCUCCCGCAGACACAAGCACCUGAUGAAAGGAGUUGAAAGGGUUGACUCCUUGUCCUGGAACCCUCACAAGAUGCUGGGCACGUCCCUCCAGACCUCUGUCUUCCUCACCAAGCACAAGAACCUCCUGCAGCAGAGCAACUCGGCGCGCGCCACCUACCUCUUCCAGCAGGACAAGUUCUACGACGUGAGUUUCGACACGGGCGACAAGAGCGUGCAGUGUGGCCGCAAGGUGGACGCCUUCAAGCUGUGGCUCUCCCUUAAGGUGCACGGCCUUGAAGCUCUGGAGGCGAUGGUGAACGCGGCCUUCCACGCAGCCAGACACCUGUGCACGGAGAUCCGUCGGCGCGGGGACAAGUUCCGGCUGGUGCAGGAGCCUGAGUGUACCAACGUGUGCUUCUGGUUCAUCCCGAAGAGCAUGCGAGGGGAGGAGGAGACGCCGGAGUGGUGGGUGCGGCUGUCCAAGGUGUCCCCAGCGAUCAAGGAAAGGAUGGUAAAGGCGGGAACCCUAAUGGUCGGCUACUCACCCAUCGCCUGCAAGAGCCUGGUCAACUUCUUCCGUAUGGUGACCACCUGCACGCCCACCCCCACGCCCGCGCACAUGGACUUCGUGCUGGAGGAGAUCGAGAGACUUGGGGAUGAUUUGUGAUUGGCGGGGCGAGGAGAGGCGCUUGUAGGAUCUGUGAAGGGGCAUGGCUGUGAUGGGAAGGGGGUGUAAUGAGGGCAUGGAAAGGGGGUGCUGUGAGGAUAUGGGAGGGAGUGUGGGAAGGAUAUGGAAUGGGGAUGAUAAGGACAUGUGAAUUGGUGUGGAGAGGGCAUGGGAGGAGUGUGACGAGGAAAUGGGAGGGGUGUGGUAAGGACAUGUGAAGGAGUGUGUAUGGACAGGAUACUAUUUGGAAGGACAUGGGAGAGGGUGUGACUAGGAUAUGAGAAGCAGUGUGGGAAGGACAUGGAAAAGAGUGUGACAAGAAUAGGGGGACAGGGUAUGGCUAGAAUAUAUAUGUGGCGUGGUUGGUGCUGUGAAGGACAUGGCUGUGCUGGGAAAGAGCAUGUCAAACCUCUAUAUAGACAUGACUUUUCCCUUUCUCAGAACAUGUCAAAACUCUAUAUAGACAUGACUUUCCCCUUUCUCAGCAUGUCAAAACUCUAUAUAGACAUGACUUACCCCUUUCUCAGCAUGUCAAAACUCUAUAUAGACAUGACUUUCCCCUUUCUCAGCAUGUCAAAACUCUAUAUAUACAUGACUUUACCCUUUCUCAGCAUGUCAAAACUCUAUAUAGACAUGACUUUCCCCUUUCUCAGCAUGUCAAAACUCUAUAUAGACAUGACUUUCCCCUUUCUCAGCAUGUCAAAACUCUAUAUAGACAUGACUUUCCCCUUUCUCAGCAUGUCAAAACUCUAUAUAGACAUGACUUUCCCCUUUCUCAGCAUGUCAAAACUCUAUAUAGACAUGACUUUCCCCUUUCUAUCAUAAUUGCAAGGCUCGGUCAAGUUAAAGGAAGGAGAGCAUACAACACGCUAAGGGGAAAUAUAUAGGAAUUAAUGGAGAAUCAACGUAUUUAUGUAGAGAACCCUGGAUCCCUUAGACAGAGCUCUCUAUACUAAGUUCAAAAAAGUGCAGGAUUACUUACCAGGGCCCGUGUUUUCAGGCGUUUUCGGCUCACAACUAAUAUUUCCAGAAGCCACAGAUGAGAUUAGUCUUGUUCUGUUGACUGUUGUUCACGUUCAUGGUACAGAAGCCUUGUCAAACUAUCACUAAGCUCAUAAAAAUAUCCUUGGAAACACUCACCACCUCUACGAAAGCCUUAUCAAUGAGGGUAUCUGAGCCCCGAAAUGUUUGAAAUAAAGAAAGGCCUUGUCAAACUAUCACUAAGCUCAUAAAAAUACCCUUGGAAACACUCACCACCUCUACGAAAGCCUUAUCAAUGAGGGUAUCUGAGCCCCGGAAUGUUUGAAAUAAAGAAAGGCCUUGUCAAACUAUCACUAAGCUCAUAAAAAUACCUUGGAAACACUUCUAACCUGUACAAAAGCCUUAUCAAUGAGGGUAUCUGAGCCCCGGAAUGUUUGAAAUAAAGAAAGGCCUUGUCAAACUAUCACUAAGCUCAUAAAAAUACCCUUGGAAACACUCACAACCUGUACAAAAGCCUUAUCAAUGAGGGUAUCUGAGCCCCGAAAUGUUUGAAAUAAAGAAAGUCCUUGUCAAACUAUCACUAAGCUCAUAAAAAUACCCUUGGAAACACUCACAACCUGUACAAAAGCCUUAUCAAUGAGGGUAUCUGAGCCCCGAAAUGUUUGAAAUAAAGAAAGGCCUUGUCAAACUAUCACUAAGCUCAUAAAAAUACCCUUGGAAACACUCACAACCUGUACAAAAGCCUUAUCAAUGAGGAUAUCUGAGCCCCGAAAUGUUUGAAAUAAAGAAAGGCCUUGUCAAACUAUCACUAAGCUCAUAAAAAUACCCUUGGAAACACUCACCACCUCUACGAAAGCCUUAUCAAUGAGGGUAUCUGAGCCCCGAAAUGUUGGAAAUGAAGGUCCAGCUUGCCACCUUCAACAGACUGAUAUUUUGUUAGUAAUGCUGGACGAGGUGGCAACACUGCGUGGAGGUGUCAAGAGCCUCGUAGCAGGGUCAUGAGGGUAUUACAUAAAACCAAACCGGGUCGCAUAAAAAAAAAAUAUUUGAAGACCAUUUACCACACUGACCUUGGGGGUGGCGAAUGGCUGUGUAAUGCUAUAAACAUCAUCCCCUUACCAUCUUCACGCAGGAUGGUUUAAGGGUGAGGCGCUGCAACCAUUACUGCUUUGUUAAUGCAUUCAGCAAGGCGUCCUGGCGUGCCCUGGCAACCCUCUGCAAGGCGAGUGUGUGCAGGGCGGGAAGCUUGGUAAACACGACGCAUAACUGACAAAGUGAUUAACGAGCCAUUGCAACAUGCUAGUAAAUACUGGUAGUCUUAAGGAUGAUGUAAUAAGAACAAUAAUAGAACUAAUAAGAAUGAU